AUGACCAGCACAAUCGGUAUACCAAUAAAGCUUCUCAAUGAGGCUCAGAACCAUGUCAUAACCCUCGAGAUCACAUCUGGCCAAGUCUACCGGGGCAAGCUCAUCGAAGCCGAAGACAACAUGAACGUGCAGCUCAAAGACAUCACCGUUACCGCGCGUGACGGUCGAGUUAGCCAUCUAGAUCAGGUGUACAUACGGGGAAGCCAUGUAAGAUUUUUUAUCGUGCCGGAUAUGUUGAGGAAUGCGCCCAUGUUCAGAUCGAGAGGGACGAGAGGGAGAGGUGUUGGGUUGGCGAGAGGAAGGGCGACUGUCAAUAGGGCAAGAGGCCAGAGGGGCCCAAGAGGUGGCUGA